UUCGAACACAAUAUCACGUCAAAAUGCCUGCAGAGUUCGGAGUGCUGUUUAAGCGCAAUUGGAAAAUGGAGAUAUCUCUCUGGCGCCGCAUCUUAUUCGAGUCUAUCAUCAUAAUUAUAAUGCUGAUUGUAAUAUUAGUAAAUCCGAUAACACAUUCAAAACGUAUGCUUUAUGCUCGCAAUGAGCUCUCCAGCGACAUGGGCAUCGUCUCCCACAGUUUGGGGGACAUUAAUAUAUUAACGAGCCUUGUCGACUCGAAGCGCGAGAAAACUAAAUUUUAUUUAGCCUACUCACCAAAGACUCCAUUUGUGAAAGAAGUGGUCGAAGCAGUGGCCACAAAGCUUCAAUUAAAUGACACCAUUGGAUUCGAUAAUGCCGAGGCCCUCCAAAAUCAAUUUGAUGAACGGACCACUCUGGCCGGCAUCGUUUUCUAUGAUAUAGAAAACGGUGAAAAGGCACCCAAAACCCUUUCGGUCGCCAUACGGUUUCCAAGUGAGUUUCGUACAAUCAGUUCGUUUCUGACCGAAGACCGUCUGUGGGUCACGCGCUGUACGGGAGUUGUAAAUCCCAAGCGCGACAAUGCCAAAGAUGAUAAUGUGAAUCAGGACAUUUAUAUACGAGAGGGAUUCCUACAGCUACAACAUCAGAUCUUUGUGCAAUGGUUUCACAAAAUAAUUACCGAUUUCCCCACAUCGUAUCCUGAGCCACAUGUUGAGGUCCAUAAUGUACGUCUAAAGGCCACCGAAGAUACCUGCUCACAAGUUGGGGUAUCUAGCAUGCCGGAAUUUUUGAUCAACUUCUUAUACCUGCUGCCCUUUUUGAAUAUCGUACAGAACAUUGCCAGGCAGCUGGAGGACAACACAAUGGUGCACCAGUGGCAAUAUGGUUACACAUUCUGUAAACAGUGGCUGGCUAUAUUUCUGGUUCUAUUUCUGCGUCUCUUGUUGCUGGGACUAGUCAUUAUUUUAUUUAUAUUCAUAUUUUGGUGCAUGGAAGCUGGGCUUUCUUUAAAGGCACUUGGACUUAUGAUAAUUUUUAUACCAUUUUUCACCAUCGGCCUCAUUCUGACUGCGAUGGUGUUUGCCAAAUUGUUUCCAUCACCUGUAAACGCUGUGCUCUUUUCGAUUGUGAUUUGGGUCUUCAAUUAUGCCGUUUUUGGGAUCAUCCUACAGCGCUAUUGGGAUAUUCGCGGUUUCUAUGUAAUCUUCAUACUGCUGUGGUUCUUUAACAAUCAACUAGAAUUCAGUAUGCAUCUCUUUCACCGUGUGAUGGAGGUACCCGAAGAGUUGCGAACCUCUGACUAUCUCAUACUUUACAUAUCCGUGCUCGCGAGCGUUUUAAUUUAUUUGGUGCUGUUGAUAAUAAUUCAGUGGCGUUCGCCGGGACGCCUGCUUAGUCGCCGGGUGUUGUCCAACAAGCCGCGCAAAGAGCGAGAGAUCGAUUCACAUUAUCUGCAUUUUGGGCGCACGCCCAGUUGGCAUAAUUUUGAGUUUGGAGAUGUGGGCAGUCAGGAGAUGAUGCGACUUCGUCACGUUAGCACCACACAUCGCGAAUCAGAGCGCAAGAUAUUGAAGAACGUAUCGUUGCGCAUCUAUAAGGGUGAGGUGCUGGUUCUGCUCGGACACAUUGGCUCCGGAAAGAUUACAUUGCUGAGGGUGAUGGCUGGCCUCAAGUUUCCGAUACGUGGCAGUGUUUUUCUCAUGGGCGAGGACCUGCACAGCCACAUGGGUGGUAAACGUAAUUUGGUGGACUUCCGCUGCAAGGAGAAUGGCCUCCCACCGUUUCUCACCGUCGAGCAGAUUAUUGAGUAUUUUGUGCGGGUUAAGUUGAGUCCCAAAUCGGCGGAUCGUUUCGACAUUGAGGUGCGCAAGUGGAUGGACUAUUUGGAUCCGCACAUCGAAAGCCGAUCGACGCCGAUUGGCGAUCUUAAAUACGGGGUACGUCGUUUGGUCUCCCUCUGUUGCGCCCUGGCUGGUGAAACAAAAGUGCUGCUGCUCGAAGAGCCGGCAACGCGUUUGACGGGUCGCGAGGCUCAGGCCUUCUGGACGAUCGUAAUGAACGAGAAGGAGGAACGCGCCAUUGUUGUGGCCACCCACAGUGUGGAUGAGGCUGAACGCAUUGCCGAUCGCAUUGCCAUUUUAAGCAUGGGAGUCCUGGAGGCCAGUGGAACACCCUUUUUUUUGCGCGCUAAAUUUAGCAGCACCAUUGAGCUGGUUCUAAUCAAGAAACCCCAUGUGCCCGAUCAGCCGAUUACAGAUUUUCUACAGAGCUUCAUAUCGGAUAUUGAGCCAGAAAAUGAGAUCGGCGAUACACUGACCUACAAAAUUGAUUUGGAAAAUCGGCCUCGACUACAGCGCAUGCUCAUACAUUUAGAGAACGAUCGCAAGAUGUUGGGCAUCGAGAAUGUACGCGUUGUCGGCUCCGAAAUGUCCGACAUUUAUAUGAAACUAGUCACCUCGUUUCGACUACAACAGCAAAUCAUUCCGGAUGUCACGCAAACUUUCAAGUAUUCGGUGGUGUCCAAGAAGGAGCUGCGCAAACAACAAAUGCGGGCGAUGUUCUAUAAGAAAAUGAUACAUACGGCCCCCAAUGUGUGGCCAAUCAUUAUGAUUUUCACUAGUUUCUUACUGAUCGUAAUUAUAGCGCGUUUGGCGAUCGUGCUCGAUGUGCCGAAUGUGCGCUCAAAUACCAUUAAGAUAGGUUUUACCUCAGCCGAGGAGACGGUGGACAACAUACCGAAUUUGAACGAUUGCGGCUAUAUUGAUAUACGAUCGAUGACGAAGACGCUGUCGUUUAAAAAAUCGAAUGCGGUUUCGCGCACCUUCGAGAAGGACUCGUUUGUGUGCGAAAAGGGCAGCUACAGGGACAACUUAAAGGAUGCACACAAGGCGAAUAGUCUAGGUGCUGUGGAACCCAGCGGUGAUCAGAAGCUCAACGGGUAUAUAUCCCAGGAUACUUUCCAUUCAGCACCGAUGACUUUAAAUCUCCUGCACAACAUAAUUCUCAGGAUUUCGUAUCCGAAUAAUACGGAUAUUGUCUACUUGGUGGAAAACCAUCCGAUGCCCACCCCCCUUUCCAUGAAAAUCAACCUGCUGGACAACGAGAUAGCACACAUUAAUGCCCCACUGGCCAUUGGCUGUAUCCUGCCUCUGGCCGUGUCUGUGUUCAUCAUUCCGCUGGUCGAGGAGCAAAUCUAUCAGCUGCGUAUUUUGCAAGUGAUUGCCGGCAUCGGUUUGGAAAUCUAUUGGGGCAUCAACCUGUUCUGGGAUCUGUUUACGUUCUUUAUCUAUUCGGUGAUCAUUGUGAUGAUUGUCGCCUUUGCGGGAAUUGGCGGUUUUGGGGCCUACGAAAAUUUCUUACUUUUGCUGUUGAUGACUGUGUUUGGUCUCGCCGCACUGCCAAUGACCUAUUUGCUGUCCAUGUAUGUUAAUACAUCAGUGGUACGCGCCUUCCUCUCCUCUGUGCUGGUGCAGGGACUGACAGGUCUGGUGCUGUAUAUUAUCUAUUGGGAUGUGGCCAAUAGCAAUGUAAUAUUUUUCUAUGGUGCCUCCAUGUCGCCGGGCUUCUCACUUCUCGACGGCAUCAGCAACAUCUACACACAGUGCAUGGAGGAGGCUCUGUGUAAGGCUAAGUGUGCGGCUCAGGAGUUUUGUACGCCGGAAAAUAUGAACGAAGUGGUGCCACAUUGUCAGUUCGAUACAUAUUUCAAGUGGGCCGAUCCGGGUGUACUGCCCGCCCUUACCUUCAUGAUACUGGCGGCGCUCACAGCUCUGAUUCUGAUAUUCUGGAUCGAAUUGCAUCGCAAGGAGAAAAUGUUUCAUUCAUCCAAGGAUCUGCAUAAAAUGCGCACCGCCUGCUAUCCCUACGAUGAUGCCGAUGUGGCCGAUGUUAAGAUGAAAAUCGCCGAGGCCGAUAUGAGCAAGUGCAAGCAAUCGGUCUUUCUAGUCGAUCAGGUUGAGGCCAAGAUACCGGAGAAGGGCACCAAAAUAAAUACGGUCUCGUUCGCGCUAAACAAAUACAUGAGCAUGGGAAUUUUUGGACCUCGGAAUUCGGGCAAAAGCCACUUGUUGCGCCAACUGGUGGGUGUCGAUGGCUUUGCCUUUGGAGAGAUCUAUGUCCGUGGUCUAGACUUCAAAUACGAUUUGGCCAAAAUUCAGGCGUACGUCGGCUAUUGUCCCCAAGAGAGUGGUUUGCUGAACGAGCUGACCCCUCGGGAGCACAUCCGUCUGCUGUGCAUGAUACGGGGAGUGCCCGAACAGAAGAUUGGGGAGAAGAUGCACGAUCUCUGUCUGAUGCUCAACAUGACCGGCUGGAUGCAUCGCAAGGUUGGCGUUUUGACGCCAGAAAAGCGUCGCAAACUCAACGUGGCCCUCGCCCUGGUGGCCUACAAUAAAAUUCUGGUCCUUGACGAACCCACCCGGGGCAUGCCGUCGACGACGAGGCGCGAAAUUUGGAACAUAUUGCGUUACAUACGCUACUGUGGCAAGACGAUUAUCUUUGCCAGCUGCGAUGAGCUCGAGUGCAAGAUAUUGGCCGAUUUCAUUCUGCUCUUUCAGGACAGCGAGAUGCUGGCGAUUGGAAGCAUGCAAUACUUGCGUUAUAAGUACAGUCAUGGCUUCUAUCUGGAGGUGCGUUUAAUCCGCGAUGGUGCCACCGUUCAAGAGUCUGAGGCCAACCUGCGCAAGGAUGUGGAGAACUUGGCGCGCUUUGUUAACUUUCUGCAUGACAAAUCGGAAAUGGUCGGCCGCCUACAUAACUGGUUCAAGUUUUAUAUACCCGUCGGAAAUAUUGUGUAUUCCUUCCUUUACGGUGCCAUGGAGAAGAACAAAACCCGUCUGAAUGUCUACGACUACUGCAUAUAUCAGGCCAGCAUGAGUAAUGUCAUCGCUCAGGUACAGGAUACACGUGCGGAGCUCAAACGCCGCCAAGCAGGCAGCAAUGAGGACCAACCGGUCAGUUCGAGUUCCAGGAAGAAAUAGUUCUUUGUUAUUGUGGGCUCCACACACAAAGCCAAAUCAUGUUGAGACAUCCUUUGAUAUUACAUAUUUAUACAAUAUCAACAUAAAUACAUAUUUAUAUAUUUCUGUAAUAAUUAUCAUUUAUUUGUGUCCCAAAGGCACAACUCAAAUUAAAUAUAAAUGUGCACGGGUAACUCCAUAAAACUA